AUGGAAUGUGGUUUAGAGAAGAAGGUGUUCUCUAUUACCUUGGACAAUGCUACUAACAAUGAUAGUAUGCAGAGAAACCUCAAGGAAAAGCUUCAGAUGAUUAGUGGUUCUGGCUUGUUACGUGAUGGCAAGUUUUUGCAUAUAAGAUGUUGUGAUUUGAUAGUAAAAGAAGGCUUAGAAUUAGCAAAGGGUCUCCGGCAUAACAUCAGGGAAAGUGUUAGAUACAUGAAAGCAUCUCAGAAAAGAAUUCAAGUAUUUGCAGCAUGUGUAGAGCGAGUGAGGAUUGGAAGUGGAGCUGGUUUAUCACUAGAUGUUCCUACUAGAUGGAAUUCGACGUAUGAAAUGCUAGUUAGGGCAUUGAAGUUCAGGAAAGCAUUUAAAAACUUGGAGGUUGUUGACAUAAACUACCAUUCAUUACCUUCUGAAAAUGAGUGGAAUUGUGGAGAACAAAUAAGUGAGUUGCUGAAACCUUUCAGUAUUAUUACUACUCAUUUUUCAGGAUCUAAGUAUCCCACAUCAUGUGUGUACUUCACUAAAAUUUGGAGGAUUGAGCUACUGCUGAAAAAUUUUGCGAGUUGUGAUGAUUAUGAUCUGAGGCAAAUGGCUAAAGAUAUGCAAUUUAAGUUUACUAAGUACUGGGAGGAAUACAACAUCAUUUUGGCUAUGGGAGCAAUCUUAGAUCCAAGAAUGAAGUUGGAUGUGCUUGAGAGAGUGGAUCCUGCUACUUCUAGCUUAAAAACUGAAGUACUUAGGACUAACUUGACUGAUAUUUAUAAGGAAUAUCAGGAUAGGACCCGAGGCAGUUCUUCAGGUGCUUCAUCUGCUCCAAAUCCACAUGAUCUAGUUACUGAAUCUCCUCUUGAAGAUGAUUUAGACAAUGUAAAUUCUUAG